AUGAGGUGGUUUGAUGUGCCAGGGUUUAAUAAUUUACACGCGAUUAACGCGUGGGAAGAGGAUGGAGGCGAUACGAUAGUAUUGGUUGCCCCGAAUAUAUUAUCGGUGGAGCAUACACUAGAGAGGAUGGAUAUGAUACAUGGAUGUGUUGAGAAAGUGAAAAUUAAUUUGAAUAGUGGGGUGGUGAGUAGACAUCCAAUUUCUACUAGAAAUCUUGAUUUUGGAGUCAUAAAUCCAACUUAUGUUGGGAAGAAAAACAAGUAUGUAUAUGCAACGAUUGGGUACCCUCCACCUAAGUUAUCAGGGAUCGUAAAAUUGGACGUAUCGAUCGCAGAAGUUGAUCGUCGCGAUUGCAUAGUGGCAUGUAGGAUAUUUGGAGAAGGUUGCUUUUGCGGUGAACCAUUUUUCAUGGCGAAAAAUAAUUUGGAAGAUGAGGAAGACGAUGGCUACGUAAUGUUGUACGUGCAUAAUGAGAAGACAGGGGAAUCCAAUUUUUUGGUCAUGGAUGCAACAUCACCUAAUCUUGAUAUUGUGGCUAAUGUUAAAUUGCCUCGUCGAGUGCCUUAUGGUUUUCAUGGGAUUUUCGUAAGGGAAAGUGAUCUUAAUAAGCUAUAGAUAUAUAUAUAUCUUGAAAAUAGUAUCAAUAUAGAUAUCUAAUA